AAUGUUUAUGAAUAUUACUUGAGUUUCAACAAUAAUUUCGUACGUAUUUUAAAAACUAUUUAAUUGAAAUAAAGUUUUGGAUAUAAUCAAACUUCUAAAUGUUCUGUUCAAACUUAUACUGGCGAUUUUUAUGACUAUUAAGAGUUUCGAAACUGAUAAAUUUUAAUAAUUAUUAACAAUGGGUAAAGAACAUAAAAAACACAAGAAACACAAACAUUCAAAACAUAAACACAAAUUCAAGAAAGAAGAAUAUCAUAUUCCGAUAGUUCCAUUAAAAAGCAGUUUUCAACCAAAAUCACUGACAUCCGUUGUAAAUAUUUCAAAAGACACCAAGCCCAUUGGUCCUAUACUACCAACUAAUCUAUCAAACAGUGAAUCUGAUGAGGCCAAUAUACCAACUAGUGAAUCAAAUCAUUCAUAUGGGCCCAGUUUACCACCACACUUGGUACCCCAGAAACGAGUACCUGGUCCAUCAUUGCCUUUAGAUUAUAAAAUUGAAGAAGAAAGUAAACCAAUUGAUGAUAAUGAUUUAGGUUUUGGUCCAUUGCCUGCAGAAUUAAUAGCUUCAGACUCUGAGCAACUUUUCAUACAGAAACAAUUGGAAUUGCGUGCCAAUUAUAUGAAAAGAAAAUUUGCUGGAGAAAUAUAUGAAGAAAGUAAACACCAGACAGCUAGAGAAAAAUGGAUGUUAGAGUUGCCUCCUGAAAAAGCUGCCAACUUAGGUUUAGGUGCUAGGAAAUUCAGAAAAAGUGAAGCUCCAGACAUGAGUAACCGAUCUGAAUGGACCGACACGCCAUUAGACAAAGAACGUAAAGUUCAAGAACCAAAAACUGCCAAAGAAACUAGUAUAGACACUUUGAAACUGAUUGCAAUUCAAAAACGUGAUGAACAAAUGGAAGAACAGCUAGCAGAAUCAUCAGAAAAACGAAAACCUUAUUCUUUAUUAGAAAUGCAUCAAGAAAAACUAAAAAAACUUAAGAAGGAAAAAAAUAAAGAUGAAUUACCUAAUGAGAGAAGACCUUUUAGUAGAGAAAUUGAUCUACAAAGUAACAAAUUUGACAAUGCUCAAAAAAAGUCAAUAUUGAAGAAAGCCAGUCAGCUCAAUUGCAGAUUUUCACAAGGAGAAUCUAAGUUUCUUUGAAUUAAAAUUAAUUCCAAACUUAUGAAUGAUUUAUUAAUAACUGUUAUUAGAUACAUAUUUAUAAGGUGUGCAUCUGAUUUUCUUCGUUUAUAAAUAAAAUAUUUUCUUAAUAUUUA